GUAAAUAUCCGCAGAUUCUUGUCCUUCGGAUGGUUUUUUGAACCAUGUCUGGGUAGUUCAGUAAUUUUUCCCGCUUUAAAUACGGGCUUAAGCCCUGGUUGUAAAAUCGCACAAUGGCGCUCAUUGCACAGAGCAUUUGGGUUUCCCCGUCAACUCCCAAACGUUCUCCCUAUUUCCAUCUAAGUCCCCAUUCAUUCCCUUCUCUCAGAGUGUCCAUGGCUUCAUCCUUGAAAGCUGAACCAGUGGCCUCUACCAUAUCAGACACCUUCUCCUCUCUCAAGAGACAAGGAAAGGUGGCUUUAGUACCUUAUAUCACUGCAGGUGAUCCUGAUCUUGAAACAACGGGAAAAGCAUUGAAAAUUUUGGAUUCUUGUGGCUGUGAUGUAAUUGAACUAGGAGUACCCUACUCCGACCCUCUAGCAGAUGGUCCAGUCAUUCAGGCUGCUGCGAAACGAGCUCUACAGCGGGGAACCAAUUUUAAUUCUAUUGUUUCCAUGCUGAAGGAGGUUGUCCCACGUAUAUCUUGUCCAAUUGCUUUAUUUUCCUACUACAACCCAAUACUGAGACUUGGUAUUGAGAAAUUCGUGCUCACAAUAAGGGAUGCCGGGGUUCAUGGACUUUUGGUGCCUGAUCUUCCCCUAGAGGAAAUUGAGACAUUGAGAAAAGAAUGUAUUAAGCAUGAAAUUGAGCUGGUACUGCUCACAACACCCACUACUCCAACAGGUCGAAUGAAAGCUAUUUGUGAGGCUUCAGAAGGGUUUGUAUACCUUGUGAGCUCUAAUGGUGUGACUGGUGCUCGUCCCUAUGUGGACGCACGUGUUGAGGCUCUUCUGCGUGACGUCAAGCAGGCUACAAGCAAACCUGUGGCUGUGGGAUUUGGUCUAUCAAAACCAGAGCAUGUAAAACAGGUGGCGGCAUGGGGGGCAGAUGGGGCAAUUGUAGGCAGUGCAUUGGUGAAGCUAUUGGGGGAUGCAAGGUCUCCAGAGGAAGGGCUCAAGGACCUUGAGUCUUUUACCAUGUCUUUAAGAACUGCAUUGCCUUAGUCAUGUCCUUGUGCAAUUGUUUUUCACUAAAAAUGUUCUUUUUUUCUUUUGGGGGAGGAAUUUUUUGAGCGAGUCAAUGGGGAGAGGCCCCCUACCCUUACUAGGAAUUGAGCCUACGAUUUUUGGUAGUUAAACAGGUUUGAUGUAUAAUGCUUGCCUGACUGCUAAAGUUGUUUGUAGUGCUCUAAUGAUAUUACUGAUAUUAAUGAAAGUUCAA